AUGGCUGUUUUCACACUCCGAUUUCGUCCGGUUCAAAGAUGUAUUUAUCUUGUUAUUCUAAUCCCGAUUUUAUUCAUCCUAUACCGUAUAAAUACAUCCGUUUCUAACACGUGCUCCAUUCAAAUAUCACCAAGGUUGUUUGGACAUUACCCGGUAGGUCUACCGUAAUAUUGGAAUGGAAAUCGACCCAGAAACGGCUGAAUCCCUCAUUCUUGGGUAUACAUAAGGAGCUUAUAUGACCCGAUCAAAGCAGUAUUACAAAAAAACGUCCGUUGUUUUCAUGACAAUACUACCUUGCAAUCACUUUUUGCAUUACAAAAAAACCAAAGACCUCUCAAGAAUAAUAUAUCGAAAGAAAAAUGUAACCGCGAUCGGGGUCCCCCACAGCUAGAGUUGAAAAUGUUCGAAAAACGUGAAAACAGGGCUUCUUGAAAUAAAAGCACUCCUUUCCAUCACAAACCAUACUUGAAAUAAAUGUUUUCAUACCUCUAAUACGAAUUUCAUUCUAGAUUCAUGGUUACAACCCCAGUCCACUGGUCAAAUCUUCACCGCAAGAGAAACGACUUCUCACCGUAACCCUCCCAAACAUAACUUCGACUACUCGAAACGCAUUUUGGAUCAUUCAUUCGGCCCCAGCCAACUUCGCAAAUCGAGAGUUCAUCCGAAAUGAGUAUUUCCAAGAGACAAAGAAGGUAUGCAAUCGUGUUACAGCGCCCCGUUGAUGAGUGUAAUAUUCAUUCAGGUUUUUGAAGGUCUAUUUUCAGGCUGAUAUCAUCCCAAUAUUUGUGAUCUUAAGAGCAAAUUUGUCACAGACUUCUCAAAUGGUUCGUGAGGAGUAUCAGAAGUUCAACGAUAUAAUUAUCGUAGAAAACGUAGUAGAUUCGUAUCAUAGCAUCAGCUAUAAAGUGCGGGCCUGGAUAACAUACCUUAAUAAGUAUCACAAACCAUUGUAUGUAAUCAAAACUGAUGAUGACAUUAUGAUCGAUUGGAGGAAUACAAUAAACCUCCUGAACAAACUAAAGAAGCACCGGAAUAUGAUGUUAUGCCGUGUUUAUACGAAUGGUCAAGUGGUACGAAAUAACAGAUCCAAAUGGUACCUGAGCAAAGAGGAGUACAAAAGCAACUCUUUGGGGACGUAUUGCCAAGGAAUGGCCAUGGCUUUUAGCGGAAAUCUCAUCGAAAGUAUGGCUGGCAAUAUAAACAAGGUGCAAUAUUUAUGGGUACGCUUUGUAAACACGGAUAUAUCAGAAGGUUAUUUAUAGAUGGACGACUGGUACUUGAGCCGGGCCUUAUUGAAUACAACAAAAACAUUAUACAUUGACAUCGGGAGUCAUUAUUUAUCGACCAAUUCGAUGACUGAGCUCAAACAUUUCUUCAGAACCCCCCGAAACAUCUUAUUCGCUCACUUCCGCGGACCUCGCAGGUAAGGUUGAUUAACCACAGUCAUAAUGUUACUAAUUACAACAUAAAUAUUUAUUACAGGUAUGAUCUGGAUGAGCGGAAAGAGACCUGGGAUCAAGUCAAACAAGCAGAAUGUUGA